AUACGGUAUAAAAUGAGACUGAAGCAGAUGUUAUUUCAUUCAGCUCCUGAUCAAAGAUGGAUCUGCAAAUCUCAGUUUUUCUUCUGUUCGUUCUCUUCACUGCAGGACACUCUUUCAGCUGUUAUGAGUGUAUGGGUCUGAUGGGUUCUUGUUCGGAUCAAAAGGUAAAAACAUGUCCCAGUGGAUUCUCCAAAUGCAUGAGUGUCACAACAACUGUACAGAGUGGAGACAUUAGUGCUAAAGUGAAGAUUAAAGAUUGUGUUCCUGAAUGUGCAGCUGGUUCCAUGAACAUGGGCCUUGCAAAGACGUCUUUAGCAUGCUGUAACUCAGACCAGUGUAACCUCCAAGACGCUCCAGAUCCCUCUACUGUAGCCAAUGGAAAGAAAUGUUACUCUUGUGAUGGAACAAGCUGCUUAAACCCAUUGAGUUGUUCAGGGAGUGAAGACCGCUGCUUUACAGCAACAGGGAGUUCUGGUGGCCAGUCAGCAGUUGUAAAAGGCUGUGUUUCUAAAUCUGUUUGUGAUGCUUCUGCACCACUUGGUGAUGUUCAGGGUGUCAAAUGUUGUGAGGGAAACCUGUGUAACAGUGCUAAUGGUGUCACUCAGAGCUUCCUGUUCCUCUGCUGUUCUCUGCUCUCCUUCAUCCUUCUGCACUGAAUCCAGAAGAUCUACACAUUCUACAAUCAGACAUACAGCACUGAAUAUCGAGCUUGUGUUUUCUCUCUGCAACACAUCUUUUGUGUCCUGAUAUGAUUUUUUUACUGACAUUCUGAUGUGACAUUUCUUUAAAUAAAAUACUACAUUAC